AUGAUAGACGCACUUUAUAUUGCGGAUGCUUCACAUAACUUGGUAUAUGAAUACUCAAACAAGCUAUCUCUUCCAAGUUUCAAGUCAUUUCUACCCAAGAUCAACAACGUGGAAGAUGAUGCUCUAAAUAUAGAGAAUCCCAAUGACCUCAAGACGUUUUCUUUCAAGGUUCCUUUAAAUGGUAAAUACUACUUGGCGAUUCGCAAGUACCACUCACUAUAUUUUACCCUCCUAUGUUCUUAUGACUCUGGCUCUAGUCCUGUAAUUCCCCAUACGUUUAUUAGCAGAUUUAUUGAGACAUUAGAGGAGUAUUUUCAAGAGUUAACGAGCUAUAAGAUAGAGACUCAAAAUGACAUAGUCACUUUGAUUUUAUUCCAGAUGUUGGAUGAUGGAAUACCGCAUAUAACGGAUUUUAACAAGAUCCGAGAUUUGGUCAGUUACAAUUCGCUACUCACAAAGAUCUUGAGCGAGGCUCAAAAGACCACCGGGUUCCAUCACUCAGAUUCAAAACAAAAAAGCUUUACAAGUGAUAUACCAUGGCGAAGGGAAGAAGUUAGAUACGCAAGUAAUGAAAUGUACGUUGACGUUGUAGAAACGAUCAGCUUAUUAGUCAAACCAAUUAUCAAAAGAAAUAAAGUAGAGCAUUUCGAUUCUGCAUUCUAUUCCAGUAAAGUGGAUAAUGUUGUAGAGAAUUAUAUCUUGAGUGGACGUAUUGAUGGCAGAAUUGAUUUUCUUUGCCGAUUGACGGGAUUUCCCACUUUGGAAUUAAGUUUAAACAAGGUGGGUUCGAAUGUGGAACUACCUAAUCUACACAGAUGUAUAGAUUUAGAUGUUUUCAAAGAACGACGAGGCGUGCUUUCAUUUGUUCCUCCCGACGGGAAGUCGACAUUGAUGAAAUAUCAAGUUGAUUUGAAUAAGUUGAAAAGCAACAAGGAGAAGACAAGUUUGAUAAAAUUGAGCUCAAUCGAUGUUCAGUUUUUAACAGAGGAAAAUUCCUCAGAUUUCGAAAUUACAUUGUUUCCCGCUCAAAUGAUUAAUAAAGUUGACUAUAUCAAAGUUGAAAUAGUGUGUGCUACUUCCAACGAUCUGAUUAAAGUAAGUAGAAUAACUCAAGGUGAUUUUCAGAAUAAAAUAUCGGGAAAACAUGAAUGGAUGAUCAGAGACUUGAAGAAGGGAGUGAAUCCGACGUUCAGUGGGUCUGUAGUACAAGAAAAGUGUCGCGAAGACGAUGACCAGGAAAAAUCGAAUAUUGGAAACAAACCACCCGUACACCUCAAGAUCAAAUUUUGUCACAAGGGGCAAGUGCCGAGCGGAUUGAAAGUUGAAAGCCUUAAAGUAGUCAAAGCUACAGGGUUAGGGGAAAACGUGAAACCCUAUAAGGGUGUUAGGUAUUCUACAUUCUCUGGUAGUUACAUUAUCAGAUCAUGA